GUUAACGCGUUGAAGAGGUGGUCACAACUGAAUUGACUAGAAACUCCCCAAGCACUACCAUGUCUGCCAUCUCCCCUGUCGAAAGCGAAGAGCACUAUGCUGAGCUCACCGGCGCCGACAAGAUCACCGUCGUGCUCUUCUCCGCGCCAUGGUGUGGUCAAUGCAAGCUCAUCACGCCCAAGCUCAACAAGCUCGCCAAAGAGGCGUCCGACAAAGUCGCGUAUGUCAAGGUCGACACCACCGUCCUGGAAGACUUGGCCGUCGACUUGGGUGUGUCCGCCCUGCCUUCCGUGAAGAUCUACAGCAAGGGCCAAGUGAUUGGCGAGUACGUGGGCUCCAAGUGGGAAAAGAUUGAAGAAUUGGUUCAGGCCAAGACCUCGUAAUCGCCCUAACGUUAAUAUAAUACCCCCCCCCCAUAAAUCAAUCAAUUCCAUUUCUUGA